CCCCAGCCGCCAUAGUAGGUAAUGAUGACGAGACGGGUUUAUGGAAGGCUGAACUGUGCCAUGCAGCGGUUCCAGGACACAGGCAGGGUGCUCGCGGCUAGAUGGCGGUAUUUAUAAGAGCUGAUACUGGGGCGCAUGUUCAAGGCAGACUGCCGCCCAGCUCGUUGCUCCGGCCACGAAGUGCAAGCUGGUUGGGCGCCUCAUCGGUGCCACACGCAGGGGAGGCGAGCCUGAAACACGGAAUAUGGUUUACUUUAUUUUGUAUUUUGAUUGAUCUUUUUUUUUACAGCGGGGGCGUUAAUGCCUGAGUCCUGGGCCGGCGGCCAACCACACAAGCAAUGUCUCACAUUCUCAUAUACUAGUAGCGGAAGUAACAAAAUUCAA